AUGUCUGAAUCCGACCUUGCGAGCUGGUACAGCUGGAUCACAGGCGCCAGCCUGCUCCCACCAGAAUGGAGCUACGGUCUGGAAGUGGUGUCUGGAGUUUUUAAAACACUGGCGCUGGCCCCGAUCCUCCCCAUCAUUGCCCUGGUCGUGUAUGACUUCACCCUCUGGAUGUGGAGGCUCCUCGUCAUCGGCAGGAACCCGCAGCGAGAAAACAUCGAGUACAUGACGGGAGGCAGCGUCGCAGCUAGCCCGAAUGGUGGUUCACCUGCAGCGACGCCUUCGCACAUUGGUUUGCCGACGGGUAAAGGAUCGCUAUCACCGAUAAGGAACAAUUCGUCGUCGAACUACAAGGACUCAGAGAUGAAGGGGGCCACGACGGGCUUGGCGAUGAAUGGCUCUACACCGAUUGUGCUGAGGAAGGGGGGUGAUGGCGGAGAUGUCAAAGUCACACAUGAAGGAGUGGUAUCGCGAUCAUGA